AAUAAUGUUUAUAUACAGUGAAACACGCACGGUUUUGCAAUGUUUAAAAAUAUUGUCACGAUUCACGUGUAGCUUUCAGCAUUCAAAGCGGCGAACAAAAUCUGACCGGUGUCCAGGGAAGAUGCCUCCCAAAUCUCUGAAAAAAGAAAAGCCCAUCUGGUGGAAGUGCGACCAAUGUCGGACCACAGUUCUUGCGGUAGAAUUGGCAAAGCAUCAGCUGGAUUGCCAAAAUCUGGAGCUUCUCAGUGGAUUCAUCACAGAAACUAAUGAGUUCCAUAGCACCCGUUUGGAGUGUGGCAAAUUGACCGCCUGUGAAGAACUCAAGGACUUGGCUGAUUGGCAGUUGAAUGGCUUGAUUAUACUGGGAAGUGCCGUGAUGAGUAAACUAAACUUGGUACUGGGAGAUCUAAUUCAAGUUGGUUUUAAAAAUUCAGACAAAACGGAGAAAUGUACCAUAAUUAGAACCGUUUGGCCGAGCGACGAAAAAGGUUCUCGGGUUUUAUGUACUCCUCUAGAUGAAAUCGCCUUCAAUAAUAACGUUUCAGUUUGCAUAAAACCGUUCAAGAAAAAGAUCCCAAACGUUGAUGUUUUAACGUUGAGCAGUGAUCUGACCGAUGCUGAGGAAAUCUGCAAAAGUGAACGAACAUUUUUGCAACUGCUUCAAAGGCAAUAUCAGGAACGUAUUCUCUCAGACCAAAAUAUGCUGUAUCUCAGGCUGUGCAACAAACUGUACACUUUUAAGGUGGUGAAAGCACUGCUCGUGGAAGAUCAGGCAUCAUUGGUUAGCCAACUCGAGCACAUGUCGAUUGGAUUGCAACAUUUUAAAAUCAAUGCCAAUUCCAAGAUCGUGAUAACACGAAAUAACGUUGCAGAUUCCAUUAGUACGAGUUCAACAAAAUUCAAUAUUACCAAUAUUGGUGGUUUUGGAGAGAUUAUCGUUGAGAUCAAACAAAUAAUUGAAGUUGCCUUAGGACUAACCAAAUCAACAUUACAAGCACCGAUCAGCCGAGGGAUUUUGUUGUAUGGCGUAUCUGGAACUGGCAAAACUAUGCUCGUGAAUUCACUGGCGAACCAUUUCAAUUGUCUCAUAGUCAAAAUCGACUGUUCAGAAAUAUUCAGCAAAUUCUACGGAGAAACUGAAGCAAACUUAAAAAAGUUGUUUGAUAAAGCAAUCAACAAUUAUCCCAAUCCAACCAUUGUCGUUAUCGAAGAAAUUCAUAACAUUUGUCCAAAAACAGAAUCUUCGGACAUUAUCAAGCGUAUUUCUCACUUUUUUGUCAAUCUUAUGGAUAGUUUGCAUACUUCGUCAAAAGCAUCGAGAAUGGUCAUUCUAAGUACCACAGAUAACCCAGAUAAUCUCCAUCCAUCCUUGAGAAGGGGUGGUCGCAUUGACUAUGAAUUUGAACUGCCUAUUCCCGAUGCACAAGCCCGAGAAGAAAUAUUGUGGAAGAUUCUGGCGUUGCACAAGCAUAGCCUUCAAAUGGAAGACGUUAAAAAAAUUUCUCUCGUAACUCAUGGAUACGUUGGUGCUGACUUGGUUAGUUUAGUAGGACGGGCAAUACACGAAACGGAUGCGGUGGUAAACUAUAACCAUAUGGAGCAAGCACUACAAUUCGUAAAACCCAGUGCUAUGCGUGAAAUAUUAAUUGAAAGUCCAAAUAUACACUGGUCUGAUAUUGGUGGGCAACACGAUCUUAAACUUCAGUUGCAGCAGAUAAUCGACUGGCCUAUUCAUCGCCCAGAAAUCUUUGCACGGCUCGGAAUUAGCGCUCCUCGAGGAUUGCUAAUGUUUGGUCCACCGGGAUGCUCUAAAACAAUGAUUGCAAAGGCGAUUGCUACUGAAAGCAAGCUGAAUUUCUUGUCUAUCAAAGGUUCUGAGCUGUUCUCUAUGUGGGUUGGAGAGUCAGAACGCGCUGUACGUGAACUGUUUCGAAAAGCAAGACAAGUAGCUCCGUCCAUAAUAUUCUUUGAUGAAAUCGAUGCAAUUGGUGGUGAAAGGUCAGCCGAAUCAGGAAGCUCAGUAAAAGAAAGGGUGCUUGCUCAAAUUUUAACAGAGAUUGAUGGCGUUAGCGCGCUGAAGAAUGUUAAAAUCGUUGCAGCUACAAACCGACCGGAUUUGAUAGAUAAAGCCCUUAUGCGACCGGGACGACUUGACCGGAUUAUUUACGUUAAAUUACCAGAUGGGCAGACUCGUAAGGAAAUAUUAAAAAUAAAAUUAUCGAGAAUUCCAGUAGCGGUUGAGGUGAGUAUUGACGAUCUGGUAGACAGCACAGACGGGUAUUCAGGAUCGGAAAUUGAGGCAGUUUGUCAGGAAGCAGUAUUGAAAGCUUUAGAAGAAUCAUUCGAUGCGACAGAGAUAUCACGGAAAUACUUCGAUCAUGCUUUGAUGGUAGUAAAGCCGCGCACAAGUGUGGAAUUAUUGCAACUGUAUGAAGAAUAUCUGAAAAAGCAGAGACAGUGACCACCAACGACAAUUAAUUGAGAAACAAUGUGUGAAUAAAACAUAAGCGGUAACAAAUUGAAAUAUAUGUCUGAUGUGUUAAUUCA